AUGGCACCACGUCAUUCAACGUAUCAAGGAUCUAAUUAUGCACUUUCUUUUGGUGCUAUUAUAACCUCGUUAAUACUCAUUGCUGUACUAUGGAAAGCACGUGCAGGAAUCUUCAAAUUGAUGAUUAAGAAAAUGUUUUCGAUGAAAUAUACUUGGUCCGAAGGUUUGGAACAAACAGCAACAUUAGAUAUAUUCGGGGAAAAGUUUGUAUUGAGAGAUAGAAAACAGUGUUGUUUUGUAGUUCCUCGUGUCUGUCUUUGGCUUAUGAUAGGUGUUGUCAUAGGAGUAACAUUGAUGGUUUUUAUAGAUGGUUUAAUCUUAAAUGUUAUUUAUCUUCCUUCAAAUGAAAAAUGUCCCGAUGAUGGUGAUAUGGAUUGUUAUUCGACUAAACAGUCACGAUAUUUCUAUUGUAAUUCAUCUGAUAUUUUAGUUCCUGAUGCGAUGGGAACUUCCAUUUGCUAUCGAUGGUUUAAACGAGGAAUAUCAACAUUAGAAGUUCUCGAACAAAUUGGAUUGUGUACUGGUCUUUUCGAAGUAUUCAGUUGGGGAGUUGGACUCUACUUACGUUGGCUACUUUUUGCUUAUAAAUUUCCUGAUCCAGCAAAUGGAGCAAAUUAUGCACAUCCCUAUUUGGCAUUGAUUUCCACUAGUGUAUCAUUUGCCAUUCCAAUUGUUAUAUUAGUAGUUCUUACUGUGUAUUAUAUAAGUAUAACAGGAUUGACAAUAGCAGUUAUCAUUGGUUUGUUAUUUAUUGUAAUACCAAUGCAAGUUUUAGUUUGGAGUUGGAGACGAAAUAAAAGAUUAACGAUUAUGACAGAACUCGAAUUUAAUCGAAUGGGUGUUGCGACUGUUGAAAAACAACAAACAACGAUCGAAAUCCAACAGCAGUGA